UGCUAUUGUAUGGCGUUUGUUGCUUUAGCCGAACCGAUCCUGAGUCUUUUACACGUUCCGAGAUUUCUCUCUCUGUAAUAUCCACCGCCUUUCUCGGAAAAUUUUUCCUCUACAAUCUGUUUGUCUCUCUCUGUGAGAAAUCUUCUCGGAGAUCGUAAUUCUAUAAUUUUUUUUUCUUUCUUCUUUCAAAUUUUCUCUCUGCGUUAGAAAAAAGUUUACGGGGAAGCGUUUGAAUUUUAUAGGUUACCUCGUUAGGGUUUCGAAUCCGAAUUUAGGGUUUAUUUAAUUCUAAAUUGAAUUCAAGCCGGUGAGAGUCGGUGCUGGUGUUCAAAAUCGAAGUGCGAAUACUUGGAACCUCGGGGGGAAAUUAGGUUCCAAGUGUUUCGGAUUUAUCGGAAUGAAAUUAGGGUUGGGAGUGUGAAUUGUUCGAGUUGAAUGGUUAGGAAUAUGAUAAUCAAACGAACUACGAAGCUCGAAAUGCCGAAAUUGAAGCGUUGCAAGCUAGAAGAUCCCAAUUGCGAAGAAGAUUGCGCGUAUUCGGUGAAUCCGAAGAAAAGGAAAAGCAAUGGGUAUCACUCAGUGGGUAAUGCCGAUAUGAGCAAUGUCUCAGGUGAUUCAUGGUCGAGUGGAGGUUCGUAUUGGGGGCGAGUCGGAGUGUUGGAGUCGAAUUCGAAGCGAGUGAGUGGUAAAAGAGGAGAGCGGUUGCGGCAACCACCGCUGUUGAAAUCGUCGCGAGGGCGGGUUCAGACGCUGCCUUCGAGGCUAUAUGACUCGGUUGUCGAUAUAUGGAAGACUGGGGAAUCGAAGUUGAAGUUGGACGCUAAGAAUUCGAGCUUGGAAGACGAUGAAAUCAUGGGGUUUGUUAGAAAGAGCGACGAGGAAAAGGCCUGGUUUAAGAGCUCCAAGUUCUGUACAUUUGAGGAGGGUAAGAAUUUUGAUUAUAGAAAGUAUUUGAAUUCGAGUAGUUCAAUGGCGAAUGCAUUUGGUGUGAAUAAAACCGGGUUUAGUUAUAGCGGAAUGAUGUCAAAAGAGAAUGUUCAGAAGAGGAAGGAAUUGUAUAAGCCUGAGGAUUUUGCUUUGGGAGAUAUUGUUUGGGCAAAAUGUGGGAGGAGAUAUCCGGCUUGGCCGGCCGUAGUGAUCGAUCCCAUUUUGCAGGCUCCAGAAACUGUUCUUAGUUGUUGUGUUCCUGGUGCCAUAUGCGUCAUGUUUUUUGGCUAUUCCAAGAAUGGAACACAAAGGGACUAUGCGUGGGUGAAGCAGGGAAUGAUAUUUCCAUUUAUGGAAUUCAUGGACAGAUAUCAGGGGCAGACCCAGUUGUACAAGAGCAAACCGAGUGACUUUCAAAUGGCAUUGGAGGAGGCAUUGUUGGCAGAAAAUGGUAUUCUGGACGCAAACCUUGGGGCUGGGCAAAUGGGUAAUUCAGAUGCAACUCCCAAUGGAUUCCAAGAAGCCACUGCUUCAAAUCUGGACGAAUAUUACUAUCAGAAUCAGUUAUGUUUGCAGGAUUUCUGCAAGGAUACAAGACCCUGUGACGGCUGUGGUUUGUUUCUGCCUUGGAAAAAUAUGAAGAAAAUGAAGGGCUCUACCCGUCAAACCCAGCUUUUGUGUAAACAUUGUGCUAAGUUAUGUAAAUCAAAACAAUAUUGUGGCAUUUGCAAGAAGAUUUGGCACCAUUCAGAUGGUGGGGAUUGGGUGUGUUGUGAUGGUUGUAAUGUUUGGGUGCAUGCUGAGUGUGAGAAUAUUUCUAGCAAGCUUUUCAAGGAUCUGGAGAAUGUAGAUUACUAUUGCCCAGAUUGUAAAGCAAAGUCUAAUAAUGAGUUAUCAGCUUCAGAAAAAUGCCAGCCAAAUGUGAACAGGUCUUUAGAAAAUAGUGGACAAAAUGUUCUACCUGAGAAGGUAGCUGUGGUGUGCAAUGGCAUGGAAGGAACAUAUAUUCCGAACCUUCAUAUAGUUAUGUGCAAGUGCGGUUCAUGUGGGUCAAAGAAGUAUACACCUAGUGAAUGGGAACGGCACACAGGUUGCAGAGCUAAAAAGUGGAAGUAUAGUGUGAAAGUGAAGGGCACAAUGCUGCCACUAGAAAAAUGGAUUCAAGAGUAUAAUACACAUGGUGUGGAUCCUUUGAAGUUAGACAAGCAGCAGUUAGUUGGGUUUUUGCGAGAGAAGUAUGAACCUGUUCGUGCCAAAUGGACCACAGAAAGAUGUGCUAUUUGUAGAUGGGUUGAAGAUUGGGAUGACAACAAAAUUAUUAUCUGCAACAGAUGCCAAAUAGCUGUCCACCAAGAAUGCUAUGGGGAAAAAUCUGUUCAGGAUUUUACUUCAUGGGUUUGCAGAGCAUGUGAAUCACCUGAUCUCAAGAGAGAAUGUUGCCUUUGUCCUGUACAAGGGGGUGCUCUGAAGCCAACUGAUGUUGAGAUGCUGUGGGUUCAUGUCACGUGUGCUUGGUUCCGGCCUGAAGUUGGUUUCUUAAAUCAUGAGAAAAUGGAACCUGCUGUUGGAAUCCUCAGAAUUCCAUCCAAUUCAUUUUUGAAGCGUUGUGUAAUCUGCCAGCAGAGUCAUGGUUCCUGCACCCAGUGCUGCAAGUGUACUACUUAUUUUCAUGUAAUGUGUGCAUCGAGAGCAGGAUAUAGCAUGGAAUUGCACUGCUCAGAAAGGAAUGGGACACAAAUGACUAAAAAGUUGAUAUAUUGUGCAGAUCACAGAGAGCCAAACCCCGAUGCUGUCGUUGUUGUUCAUACUCCUGCAGGGGUUUUUUCUGCCAGAAGCUUGCUGCCAAACAAGCAGGGGUGCUUCAGGGGUUCAAGGCUGGCUUCAUUGAAGAACACUGAACUUCCUGAGUCUCCAACAUCAGAGAUUAAUGAGUUUGAGCCCCUUUCUUCUGCAAGAUGUCGUGCCUUCAAAAGAUCCAAGAAUAAGCAGGCUGAUGGUCAGCCAAUAUUCCACCGACUGAUGGGGCCAAGCCAUCAUUCUUUAGAUGCAAUAAGUAGCUUGAGCACAAAAAAUGAAGUAGAAGUUUCUAAGGAUUUCACAUCUUUCAAGGAACGACUUUGCCACUUACAGAGAACUGAAUGUUAUCGGGUUUGCUUUGGUAAAUCUGGUAUACAUGGAUGGGGUCUCUUUGCGCGUAGGAAUAUUCAAGAAGGAGAAAUGGUUGUUGAGUAUCGUGGUGAGCAGGUGCGGCGUAGUGUUGCAGAUUUGAGGGAGGCAAAGUACCAAUUAGAAGGCAAAGAUUGCUAUCUCUUCAAGAUCAGUGAGGAAGUAGUAAUUGAUGCCACAAAUAAAGGGAAUAUAGCACGUUUAAUAAAUCAUUCGUGCAUGCCCAACUGCUAUGCAAGGAUCAUGAGUUUGGGUGAUGAGGAGAGCAGGAUAGUUCUUAUUGCUAAGACAAAUGUUUCUGCUGGUGAAGAAUUAACGUAUGAAUUAUUCCCAUGUGUGUGUGUGCGCACACUCACAUGUAUGAUUACUUGUUCGAUCCAGAUGAGCUUGAUGAGUUGAAAGUUCCUUGCCGAUGUAGAACUCCCAAUUGUAGGAAAUUCAUGAAUUAAGUUGCACAUUCUUUUUUGCCAUUUUAUCUCUGCAAGGAGCAGCUUGCACUGGCUGCUUACCUCCUUAGUCCUAACCCAUGAGGAUUCAUUCUUUUUCAGAGUGAGCUUGUAAUUUUUUUAACCCACAUUUGUAUUAUAGUAAUUUAGAUGCAAUAAAAUGUAAAUUCACCAACUUUUUUGUUGGUGCCAUUUUUCUGAAAAAA